AUGGAGGGGCCGCGGAAACGGGACAGUCAAAGCCGUUUCCGGUGUGUACCGGAAGUUAGGUGGCUCACCGCCGAGGCUUCUGGGAGAUGUAGUUCCCCGCGAUCACCGCGUACCGAGCACGGCGGGGCCGCGGAAACCGGACAGUCAAAGCCGUUUCCGUUCCCCGGGAGCUCGGUGCGCUCACCUGCGCUCUUCCGGCUCCGGAGCUGCAGCAGGAGGAUAAGGGCGGUGGACUCAGCACCGAGCACCGCGGGGACCGAGCACCGCGGGGACCGAGCACCGUUUGGACUCAGCACCGAGCACCGCGGGGACCGAGCACCGUGUGGACUCAGCACUGAGCACUGGGGACCGAGCACCGUGUGGACUCAGCACCGAGCAGGGCGGGGACUGAGCACCGCGGGGACCGAGCACCGUGUGGACUCAGCACCGAACAGGGCGGGGACUGAGCACCGCGGGGACCGAGCACCGUUUGGACUCAGCACCGAGCACCGCGGGGACCGAGCACCGUGUGGACUCAGCACUGAGCACUGGGGACCGAGCACCGUGUGGACUCAGCACCGAGCACCGAGGGGACCGAGCACCGUGUGUACUCAGCACCGAGCACUGGGGACCGAGCACCGUGUGGACUCAGCACCGAGCACCACGGGGACCGAGCACCGUGUGGAUUCAGCACCGAGCACCGCGGGUACUGAGCACCGCGGGUACCGAGCACCGCGGGUACUGAGCACCGCGGGGACCGAGCACCGCGGGGACUCAGCACCGAGCACCGCGGGGACCGAGCACCGAGGGGACCGAGCACCGUGUGGACUCAGCACCGAGCACUGGGGACCGAGCACCGUGUGGACUCAGCACCGAGCACCGCGGGGACCGAGCACCGUGUGGACUCAGCACCGAGCACCGCGGGGACCGAGCACAGAGCACCGCGUGGACUUAGCACCGAUCACCGCGGGAACUAAGCACCGAGCACCGCGGGGACUCAGCACCAAGCACCUAGCGGUGACCACCCGGCCCCGACCCGGAAGUCCCGCACCCUCCGCCCAGAACCUGACCUUCGACCCCCAACCCCGGAACCCCGGACGCCAGCCGGACUCUGCUCCCCGAUGACGGCACGGCGAUGAC